AUGCAGCGCGCUUUGUUCACUGAGAAUGAGCUCAAACAAGCAAAUGAAAGGCGACGGAAGUACCAAGGGUCAGCUCGAGUUAAGAUCUCCGACAUUCAAUUCAAGGGCUCAACAUGCGGAUCUUUAGACUUGAAGAACGUGGAAAGAUUAUGCGGUAUUUUUCGCAAGACUCGUUGCCAAAGGUUUGAGCUCAGUAACUACAUACCUGUUACUGUAUCUCGCCAGGCAUUAAUGGAGGCAAUACAUGACGCUGGCGUUUCUACCCACUCACUUCUACAGUGCGCAGGGAAAGAUCUACCACUUCUCAAGUUCCCCGAAGGUCAAUUGACAGGGCUUCAUGGCCGUCAUCGCUUGUGCGCUGGCUCUAAGAUUCUAGCACCGGCUGAGCGGUGGUGGACUGUGGAUAUCUAUCUCAAUGAUAUCAGCGAGGAUCUCGAAACAUCCCUCAUUGAAGAAUAUGCGAAUGAGAAGCAACCUACGGAUGGCGAGAUAUACAGGAAGGUUCGCCAAUAUGAAAGCGACGGGAAUAGGGUCCUUCGACAAAAGUGGCUGAUGCGCUUGUCUUCUGACUGGAAGCGUCAACGCAUGGAGCAACUGAACAAAGAAAGCAAUGAGCGACUUCGUGGUGGUUUUGAUAAGUUAUUAGUCAUUCCGGGUCUCUGGCCUAAUGGAAUGAGAGUCAGCAUGUUUCAUCGGGUGAUCGCUCUUACAUCAAUCGAGGAGAUUCUUACCUAUCUUGAUCAUAUUUACGAGACAUAUUCAUCAUUCGUUGGCGGCAAUUUACAUGCCCUUAGGCGAAUCGAGACUGAAACAGUCCUGGAAAUGCAGUUGAAGGCCCCAGGGAACUGUGAGAAAGAUGCAAAAGAAAUCAUGGGACUCAUAUUUAGUGGACAAAUCUUCCCCUCCUUUGAUGAGUCUGAACGCAAGGUAAUCUGGGAAAGAAUAAAACUUUUCGAUGGAAUAAUUCCAUCCUUGGAAACUUUUUGGAAAGAUUUCAUUUUCUUUGAACAAUGCGCACAAUGCAUGAAACGGCUUUUCGGCGUUGCAGAUGGAUCCAUAUGGAAUACAAUGAAAGGAAAAUUUAGCGGCGACUCAGCUGAUGAAGAGAGCUUCAUACAAAUAUCGGAUUUCACAUUUCGCCAACAAGCUACUAGUUGUGCCGAUAGGUUGGAUCUAGGAUAUCGUCAACUUUGGCUCUACACGAUGCGUCAUUACGGGUCAAUCCCUGCCCCCGCAAAAUGUGAUGAGGAACUUCUGGUCAAGCGUGACCGCGGGGAAAUUGAUGAGCAUGCACUUUUCGGACUGGCCGAUCUAGCUCGCCGCGUUGGCUUUAGGACGAAAGAGAUAGAAUCUCUUCUUCAAAAGUCGCCUGAUCGUCUCAUCGCGCGGACCGCUCUUCUGAAAGCUCGAAAACCGGAUCAUUUUCGUUAUGAUCCUAUCCAAUUGGAAACGCUUGUUGAUCGGGUGUCUGCUUGUUUCUUGCUAGCUGUUGAACACAAUAGGCCAACUUCAGAGGUCCUUGCCGACAGCGAAGUGUCUACAAAAAGAAGAUGUGGCUUUCCGCAGAAAAAGGCACAUUCUCAAGAUGCUCCAUACUUAUUCCUCGAUCAGGUUCAUGAUGAAGCUGCAUUUUCUCCGGUCACAACUUUCUUCGUUCGGCGUUGCUUUUACUACGCCUUUUUGGGAAAACGGCCGCUUCCGGGAACUGGAACUGGACAAACGGGCCCAAGUCCACCCGCACGAGAUAUGUCACCUUUGUUUGUUCAUGAGAAUGGGUCUCCGGUGCAUGCUCCUGAAACCAUCGACAAUGUAUUAGAAAGAGCAUCAGUCCAAGCACGUCCAGUCUAUGAGAAUUAUCAAGCACGCAGAGUCCUCGAGGGUUACCGCAGUCCGUACAUUGAAGAUGAGAGUAGUGCCCAGAAUGCUCCUUCUUUAGAACCUGAUGAGGUGAUUAAUAGCCCAGAAGAUGAUUCGAUGGCCAAUGGAAGCUCGGUAGCCCCUGAAGUGCAGUCUGAAGAUGAUUCUGUCGGGCUAAUGGAAGAUGAGGGUAUUGACGAUGCUUCAAAAAGCCCCUUGUUUGAUCGUCAAGAAUUCAGAUCUUCUGAGUCUGAUUUCAGCGAAAAAACACAAGAUGAUGCUAAUAUUGCCGAUGAUCCUUCCACUCCGGAAGAAACUGCCUCGGACAGUGAGGGUCCCGCGCAUGAGACCCAAACAUCUGCCCGAAAUUACUCUCCGUCUGUGUAUUCCGUGAGAAGAAGCAGCAGCAUCAGAGAAAGUGAAAAACGACGACGCUUGUCUGAAGACCUGGAAAGGUCAUUAAAGGAGCGAGAGAGGCUCGACGAGGAUUGGGAAAGGGAAAGGUUGGAACAGGAAUUUGGUUUACCCAAUUCUAGAGAAAAUUUUGGAGAGAAUAAUGGGGAGAAAGAGCAGAUGCCUUCGUCAGACCCCUAUAUUGACAAUACUCGGGCCAGUAGCGAGAACGAGAAUUCUCCACCGCGAGAAGACCCUCAAAUUAUCGAACCUGAACUUCAGAAUUCCAGUCCAACACCGGCCAGGGAGGAUCCGAUCUCUGACGAGCCACACGCUCCUGCAAAGCCUAGUAAACCUUCUGAUGGGUCGGAUAAAAGAGCAUUCGUUGACUUCAAAUUCUGGUGCUUCGAGAAUGAAGAAUGGCGACUGGCAGAUCGUCAUCAGGUGGAUCCGGCAGACCCUUCGCUCAUAGAACGCAUUGCAAGGAAAUAUAUGCGUAAAAAGUUCCGUCUCUAUGAUCAAUCACUGAACAGUCUGAGCCCUAAGAUGUGCUUUCGUGCAGGGGUGGCGGAUGGAACUGAAUCUGUGAUAAUGCUUUCAAGAGCAAGCGAGGAAAAGCUUGUGAAAGAUGGAAGGUUUAAAACGAAUGACGGUGUUGUCAAAAAAGUACCCAAAAGCAAACCUCGUACUAAGAAAGCAAAGCCCUCUUAUAAGCAAGCUCGCCUGAAGGUCUAA